AUUUUACUAAUAAAGGAAGAGAUUGUGGAUGCUUUUGGCUAUAAGUUUUAACUCAAAAUUGCCACAUCCAUUCUACAAUUGGGGCAGUGAGGUGUUUAGAAGAUCUUCAAACUUCUCUAGCCUUCUUUCGUUCCUUCCUGGCUAUUCUAUCUUUUAGCUAACUCACAAUUCUCCUAGCUUUCCUUUUUCUUUUUCAAAACCUCUAUCUUUGAAUAUUGGUUCAACCCUUCACUCAUUUGUUUAUCUUAUCUUUAUAUAUGCAAAGUGAAGGAGAGAUAAAAGAGAGUUUUUAGUUUCUGAAAGAAGAUGGUGAUGAUUAUUUUCUGAGUUUUGUUUCUACAGAUAUAUUAGUUAGUUUUUUUUUUUGUGUUCUCGAGAUUAUCAGCUGAGAAAGUUGUGAAAAAAAAUGUGGGAUCUUAAUGACUCUCCUUAUCAUCAACCAAUAGACGAUGAAUCCGAAGGUUGUUGUUCAUCGCAGAAAACUUCCAUAGACGGAGAUGAAGAUAAGGGAAAAAGGGUGGGAUCCGUAUCGAAUUCAAGCUCGUCAGCUUUGGUGUUGGAGGAGGGAUCGGAAGAAGAAGAUGGUGAGAGAGGUAGAGGAGGUUUGAAGAAGAGAAGCAGCAAGAUAUUCGGGUUCUCAGUACCUCAUGAAGAAGAAGAAGAAGAAGAAGAAGAAGAGUCGAUGGAGAGUGAGGCGGGGCCGGUGACCCGCCAGUUUUUCCCAGUGGAUCAAGAGCAGGAAACGGGUUCUAGUUCAGGGUUCCCACAGGCUCACUGGGUGGGGGUCAGAUUCUGUCAAUCGGAGCCUCACGCACCGGAAAAAUCCGGUGAAGUAUCACAGCCGAUGAAAAAAAGCAGGAGAGGGCCAAGGUCGAGAAGCUCUCAGUAUAGAGGAGUUACUUUUUAUAGAAGAACCGGCAGAUGGGAAUCUCAUAUUUGGGAUUGUGGAAAACAAGUUUAUUUAGGUGGAUUUGACACGGCACAUGCGGCUGCUCGUGCAUAUGAUAGGGCAGCAAUCAAGUUCCGAGGAUUAGAAGCCGAUAUAAAUUUUAGUAUCCAAGAUUACGAGGAAGACUUGAAACAGAUGAGUAACCUAACCAAGGAAGAAUUUGUGCAUGUUCUUCGCCGACAAAGCACCGGAUUUCCCAGGGGAAGCUCCAAAUAUAGAGGAGUUACCUUACACAAGUGUGGGAGAUGGGAAGCUAGAAUGGGCCAAUUUUUAGGCAAAAAGUAUGUUUAUUUAGGCUUGUUUGACACCGAGAUUGAAGCAGCUAGGGCUUAUGACAGAGCUGCAAUUAAGUGCAAUGGCAAAGAUGCUGUCACUAACUUUGAUCCCAGCAUAUACGACAAUGAGCUUAUUAAUUCUGGUAAAACUUCAGAAAAUGCUGGAGAUCACAACCUUGACUUGAGCUUGGGGAAUUCAAACCCAAACCAAAACAGUGCUAAACCUAAUGCUGAUAGGCAAAGUGGUACGAGUUAUCAGCAGCAUAGUCUCCCACUUGAAGCAACUGAUUGGCAAUGUCGGGGAUUUAGGUCUAUGCAGGAAUCUCGUAGAAUUGAUGAAGCUGGCCAUGGAUAUAGUGAGGAAGAAACAAUGCAGUUGUUGAGCCAAACUCACAUUCACUCUCCAGCUGUCUCAGUUAAGUGUAAUGAAAUGCAAAGAUAUGGACAGUUGAGGAGACCUGGAGGCAACAGUAACAUAUUUCACAUUGUUCCUCAACACAUUAAUCCAUCACCUUAUCAGAUUCAUAUUCCAAGAAGCAGCAAUGGAGGGCGAAUUGGGAGUGAUCUUUCAUUAUCAACUAGUGAUCAACAGUGGCAAUCAGGUCCUCACCACCAGUUGUUUGGAAAUUCUGCAGCAUCAUCAGGAUUCCCAUCGCAGAUCAGACCUUCCCAAACAUGGCUUCACCAAAAUGGCUUCCAUUCACUCAUCUAAUUCUUCACUGAUUAAAAUUCUUUACAUGCCUUUCUCAUAUAUCAUCCUUUUUUUAUUAUUAUUAAUAUUAUCUAGACGUAUAGAAAAACAAUUCCAAACUUGUUGAAUAUAUAUUUAUAUAUAUGAUGUUCUUCUGACUUUUCUUUC